CUCAAUAUUAGAAAAUUUGAGUUCACUCUUAUUUCAAGGGUUAUUUUUCUCAAUAUUUCUGCAAAUAUUUGAAAACCAAAAUUUUCGUAAAUGGAAAAUGCAUUUUAAAAAAAUAACAAACUCUAUUGCAAUUUUGAAAAAGAAAAAAAAUCCUGAAUUAAUAGAUGAAUCGAUUGAAUCAAUGGAAAAACAAAUUUUAGAAGAAAAACAAAAAUGUGCAGAAUUAAUGAAGGAAUUUGAAGAAACUGGGCAAUUAAGAUCGGAAGUUUCUAUUCUAGUACAAAAUUUAACUAAACAAUAUGGAAAGCAAAUGGUGAUACAAGGAGUAGAUUUUACUGUAAAUCAAAAAGAAUGUUUCGGUUUAUUGGGCAUGAAUUCUACUGGAAAGUCAACAAUUUUAAAAAUACUCACAGGCGAAACGAAUAUUACAAAAGGAAAUGCUAUUAUUCAGAAAUAUUAUCUGGACAAUAAUUUUGACCAAUUCUCAGGAUUAGUAGGAUAUUGUCCUCAAUAUGGGGGAUUAAAUGAGUAUCUAACUGGCAGACAAAAUUUAACAUUUUUCGCAAUAAUACGUGGAAUUCCUUAUAAAAAUAUCCAAAGAGAAGUUGACAAAUGGAUGGACGUUUUCGAUCUUUUGGACUUUGAAAAUGUACAAAUAUACAAAUGUUCUUGGGGAAUACAAAAAAAAAUUUGCAUUCUACAAUGUUUAAUUGGUGACUUACCGAUUUUAUAUUUGGACAGUCCCACUAUUGGAAUCGAUGCUUUAUCAAAAAAUGUCCUUUUUGAUGUUUUAAAUCAAUCUCGAGAAAUGGGAAGAUCAUUAUUAAUCACAACCCACAGUAUCGAAGAUGUUGAGGCUUUGUGUCUUCGAGUUAGUAUUCUUCGUGAAGGAAAAUUCAUUAUUAUUGGAAAUUUUGAAGAUUUAAAAAAUAUGUAUGGAAAUGUUAUUUUAUUUGUGACGUUAAAUAAUUUAAAUCAAGAAUUAAACGAAGAAACAAAAUUUAUCAAAUAUAUUAUUAUUGAAAGUUUUCCUGGUAUUAUCCUAAAAGAAACUAGUCUCGAGAAUACUUUAACUUUUGAAAUUCCCAAACACAUUGAUUACAACAAUGUUUUAACUUUAUUACGUGAUUUAUCUGCGAAAUAUUCGUCAAUUAAUGAUUUUUCAUUGAAUCAGCCAACAUUUGAACAAAUAUUUAUUGAACUAACAAAACAAGGAGAAAAACCCAUAAAAAGAUAUGUAUUCUUUCACUUUGUCCAAUAUUUGAGAGAAAUGGUGAACUAUUUAUUAAGAAUUCGUCGAUUAUUCCAAAUUGAUUUUUAA